CGUUUUUUACGGUCGCAUCCAUCCACCGGUCGGCCGCCGCGGACCACUUUUCGAUCUCGCGUAUCGCCAUAAUACAUAAUAUUAUCAUAAAUACGGUUUGUUUGUUGUCGUCGUCGUUGUACGUUGCCGUUCAUAUUAUACUGCACCGUCCGUCGUUGCGUCGUCAUCGUCGUUGCGUUUUUACACCGUGAUUCGCGUCCGAGUUUGAUAAUAUAAUAUUAUUAUUAUUUGUUUUGCGUUUCGUUUCGUUUCUUUUUUCUUUUUUUUUUUUUUUUUUAUUAAUAACCAUAUAAUAUCGUCGGUAAAUUCGUCACAUGAACGUUAUUUUUAUUCGACUUUAUACAAUAUACAGACGACAAUACGCGUUUUAAUAUAUAGACAAAAUAUCUACAGUUAAAAUAUAUUAUAACCCUGCAAUAUAUAGUUUGAUAAACGACGCCCCGUACAUAUACUCACCGCCGUCAAGUCUAUCGACAGUCUAGUUGUUUGUAUUAUACGUAUACAUAAGAAGAAAUCGUUAUCGUCAUCAUGUACUGGUCGGAGAACGCGAACGUCUCGUAGCCCGGAUCCGCGCAGAGUGGACGGACGGCGACCUAUAAUACCUAUAGCGUCGCUGCACUCGUCGCCGUUGCCGAACGGUGACUUUUUGAAAAUAGUCAGGUGUGUCAAGCAUUCACCACGACGGCAUCGCCGGGUGCGCAGAGCGGGACGACCAGCGAGGCUGAGGACUCGUCCAGGUCGUCGUUGGGCUCUACGAUGAUGUUGUCCCAGCAGCAACAUCACCACCAUCACCACAACAUGCUGUCGCCAAUGUUCAACUUUUUGGACGUGCCGUGCAGCAGCAGCCCGCCUUUGGCUGCUCUGCACACCAUGACCGAGAUGAAGAACGGGUGCACGGCGGGCAACCCACACGGCAUCGAGCAGAUACUGUCGAGGCCGCCGACCACCGGGGCAGCGGCCGCAAUCAGCCACCAGCAACGGGCGUUCAACAGCGUGGCCGGUAUCGCGGCCGCCGGCAUGGCUGCCGCGGCGUCAUACUUUCACAACGGCGGCGUCAAGCACCCGGCCACCACGUUGGCCGACCUCACCACCAGGAACCUCUACUGGCCGGGCUUCCAAGGGCUGGUCAAUAACCCGAUUGCCUGGAGGGACAGGCUGGCUAGUCUGAACAAUUCGAAUCAAGAGAAGGACGGUAAAAAGAAGCAUACGAGGCCCACGUUCAGUGGGCAACAGAUCUUCGCACUCGAGAAGACUUUCGAGCAAACUAAGUACCUGGCAGGUCCGGAACGUGCAAAAUUAGCGUACGCGCUGGGCAUGACUGAAUCUCAAGUAAAGGUGUGGUUCCAAAACCGAAGGACCAAGUGGCGGAAAAAACACGCUGCCGAGAUGGCCACGGCCAAGAGGAAGCAAGAAGAGGCCGCAGACGAGAGUGACGAAGACGAAGACAUGCGUGACGACAGUGCGGCAAAACGGCUCAAAAGGGAAUUGGCCGCACACUACGGAGGCGGCGGCGGAGGCGGUGGUGGCGGUGGCAUCGGUGGAGGCAUAUAGCAUCAGGCUUGGCCAGGCGUCGGUCAUCCUGGCACCUUGGACCUGAAGACUCACGAAUAAACCUGUUGAGAUGCGAUGAGUAUCUACUUGUAGGUACAUCUAUAACCACGCACCCUGUACAAUUCCGAUGAUGAUGAUGAUAAAUAUUAUUAUUUAUUAUUUGUACAUUUCUAUACCCACUUAUAAAUACAUAAAUAUUUUAUACAUAACUUCAUUAUUAUAUGUAAUACAUAAAACUUAUGCCUAUCCAAAAUGUCUAGUCAUCGCAUAAUUUUUUUUUUUUUAGGUAUUUGUGCAUAUUAUUGUUAUUAUAUAAACAUUUAGAGAGCAAUAUAAUUACGGUAUAGGUAUCAUAAUAUUAUAAUAUUAAGUAUAGCGCCGUGCUGCAUAUAAACUCCCCAUCGGUCCUUAUAUUGUAAUCUAUAGCCGAUAUUAUUUACAGAGAUCAUUGUGGUGGAUGGACAGUUUUAAAUUUUUAUUUAUAUACGUCAAAUCUUCGCGGUAUAUUCUGUAUUUAAUAUACGUACUACGACGUAGUCCGCGCGGUGUGUGCGAUUUUCGUUUUACGUUUUGUUCUUUUUGUUUAUUCUGUAUAUCCCCCUCCAAAUUACCGCAUUGUAUAGCGUUGUCCGCCCACAAGUAUGCAACGCUUCGACGACGAUCAUUAUUAUUAUUAUUAUCUCAAUAAUUAGUAUUACUUAUGUAUGGCCUUUAUUAGCUUUUUUUUGUCGCCAAUCAUUACUUUAAUAAUAUAUAAUACAACUCUUACUUGAUAAUAAUGGUACAUAUUAUG